CGCGCCCUCAGUGUUGUACGAUUCAUUGAUCAGUGUGGUGUGUUCGCAUUGUUGCUCUGCAGUUUUAGUGGUUUUUCGGUUGUAUUUGAUUAAGGUUUUGUUUUCUACUUAAAAGUGAGACUUUCGGGCUCUUUGGGGCCCCGACGAAGGAAUAAACAAAAUGCAGCCAAGGAUAUAUUUUGUAAUUGCAUUUGCGGGCGUUAUUUUAUCCGGAUGCAACGCUGCAGCAGAGAAAGAACAGCAGAGCAGCAAAGACAGGACGGCAGGAGGUGCGUCCUACAAUUCGUAUUUGGAGGACGACAUUUACUUGGAGGAUCAGGGGGACUUUGAAGGCUCUGGGCGUGGGGGUGGUGAAGUCCGCGACGACCUUGAGGCCUCCGGAAGCGGGCUUGGCCCUGACGACGAGGAUGGUGAAGACAGUAGAACUUUCAACAGCCCUACGAACAGAAUAGCACCUGUGCCGAAUAAGGUGGAAUCGAAAGCACCUUACACCGAGGAAACGAACAUCAAGACAAAACAGACGGUCGUUGAAACAGUUAAUAGACCGGACACCGGAGUUGAUUUGAACGAACCCAUCGGAGAAUACGAACACGAGGAGGAUACCGAAGACACCAACGAAGUGCUCAUCAUGACUCCCAAACAUGAAGACCGUGCCAGUUCUUUCUUUGCGCAACCAGGCGUCCUAGCUGCUGUUAUAGGAGGUGCAGUCGUAGGACUUCUCUGCGCAAUCUUAGUGGUGAUGUUCAUUGUGUACAGGAUGCGUAAGAAGGAUGAAGGGUCAUACGCUCUUGAUGAACCCCGUCGAUCCCCAGCAGCUCAAGCAUAUCCAAAGCCGGGAGCGCCACAUCAUAACCGAGAGUUUUAUGCUUGAAGCACCGGUUCUCUAAAAACUGAUUCAUACCCCUUACAGCCUCAAGAUAGAUACUGACUGAUCGGCGGUUGCACUUGUUGGUAUAAAAAAUAAUCUUGACUUUUAACGACAUAAAAUGGAAAUUUGGACACUUGAAUGUAUUCCAACGCUCAGGUAAACAGAGCGCUUAUGUUAGGAUGGAUAUGAACAAUUAUCAAUUCAAAUUUAUGCUUAUUUAUUUAAUCACUCCAACAAAUGGACGACGACUUUAAUAAUUACACACAUCUGUUAGUAAUUGCUGAACUUACGCAAGCGUACGAGCAGCUUUCUCUAUAUUUGCCACCAUAGUAAUCAGCCUCUGGAGAGUAUCCGACAUCAAAAUCCUGAAUUUAUUGACGUACACGAGUAUGGCUUCUGUGAAACUUGACUGUGAGUCUAUCCUCGAUGAAACGUUAGUUGUAAUAUUCAGCUCUUUAGCGUAUACAUGAAACCCAGCUAAGUAGCGUAGUCUACUUGUGUGCGACAAUAUCUAAACUUACGUCUAAUGAUUUAUACUUUUCUAUUUUAAUCGUGCAAUAAACUUAUCAUGCACCUAUCGGUUACAAAUAUUUGAGAGUAGAUCUCCAAGUUAAUUUUUUUUUUCCAUUAGAUCAUCCGUGCAUAUUGUAGAAUUAUGUUUCGUGUAGGAAUUAAUAAGAAGUAUUUGUGUUCGUCAAAAAAAGAACAAGAAAGCUCUCUGCAUUGACCGAAGAACGACUAAUAGAAAUAAUCAAAUAUUCUCGACGAGUUUAUUUCGAAAUUUUUAGACUUCAGUUUUAUUUUGUGUGUUCAAAAUUUUUUUAUUCAACUCGUAUGUACAUCGUUGUUGGUUGUCAAGAGUACUUUUAAAGAUAUUUACAAAAUUCAUAUUGCUCUUCGAAUUACACUUGUAAUAUUAAUUGCUUGGAUAAUUCCAACCAAUUCUCUUCUUUUUUUUUUUAUUUAUGUAGGCACAUGCCAUGCGUGCAGCUAUAAUAUACAUCGUAAAAUUGAAUCCAAAUGAUUAUAUUCUCAAAAUCAAGACUCGAGUAUAAUUACAAAAAUAUCUACCAAUGGCUGUAUGGACGGAAUGUGACAGUCAUCAUGACAACGUUUGGUUUUGUUACGUUUACUGCAUUUCCGCAGCUCUGAAUGAGAAAUAUCCAACCGAAUAACUUUGAUCGAUUUUUAUUAUGUUGGACGGAUAUUGGAAACGAACAAAUCAACGUAUAGGAAGUAUAUUAAUUUUUAGAUAUUAUGUUGUUUUUUUUUAUAAUUUGUACAUAGCUAAUCCAUUACAAACAUAUACAUAUACGGUAUCUAAAUCUUUUUACUAAAUGAAAAUCCAAUGUAACUGUAUAAAUCAACCGAUUACAUUCUUUGCAGGCAGCAAUAUAUUUUUCACGUUUUUGCGAUCGAUGUAUACGCGCCCUUACUGUCCACGAAUAUUCAAUUAUUCGCUGUUUAUGCAGGUAGCAUUUUUACUAACGCACCUAUUAUUUGUUUAUCUGGUCGUUACUGUGAGAUUGAAAUUUUCUUGCAAAUCAUUAGCGGUAAAAUCAUUCGAAUUUGGAGCAUAAAGUAAAUGAAAUAACUCGGAUAAAGUUGUUCAUAGUUUUGAGCUAUGGAUAGAAGAAUGUUGAAACAUUGAUCAUGUCACGAUAUCAUCUCGUUUGGUAAAUUAUUGUUGGUGUUUAUGUCGAUUCCGGAUCAGGUAUACUCAGAUUUAUAAAAACCUGUUCGACAAAGUUUUUUCUUCAUAGACAAAAACGCCCGAUGAGUUAUACGUAAAGGGAGUGAAAACGGCUCAUUGAAAUAUUGGCCAUUAGUGAAAAGUAUAAAUGUCAAAACAUAUCAAUGAUGCAGUUCAAAAGCAAAAAACACUACAUUUUAAUAUUGAUAUAAUACGUAGACUUAGGAGUAAAACGGAAUAUGAACUGAAUUAUUGAUAUAAGAUUGUGGCGUAACAGAACCAAAUGUACGAAACCCGUAUCCAGCGCACAAGCGUAGUGAAAAAAUCUGAACGAUAAAAUAGUAAUUGUGGAAAAAAAAAACACUGUAAUGACCAAUGGAAUGUAAUCUCAGUAAAACAAACAUACAAACGUUUAAUUAAUAAAUCACAUAGCUAGCGACCUAGACUAGCCGAAGAAAUGAAACUCAAAUAAUAAUAUUUGUACUUUCUGACUCCUCUGAUACAUUCACAUCUCUAUUUAAAACGGAAGGAAAUUAUAGAGUGAAAAAUAGAACCAAGGAAAUGUGUCCGACAAAGAAUAAUGCGUGCUGUCAGAAUGUUUGGAAUAUCUCAGAAUUAUUUGUGAACAUUUCUACAAGUCGGUAAGAUUCGUCAUACGGGAAUCCACCCGACAUCAUACUUUCCAUGAACUCCUGCCUAUACCCAUGGAACGUGCAUUAAAAAAAUAAAAGAUUAAAAACCGAUCUAGACAAGCUGAUAGAGCACAUAAUUCUAAGUACGGAAGAAACACACGUUGCCAUAAUUUUUAAUGAUGUCACAACACUAUAUUAUUACUCUGUAUGUAAUUAACAAUGAAAAGUAAAAAAAAGAAAAAAAGCAAAACAUAAAAUGGAAAACAGUUAUCAAA